UGUGUGUGAACCGUUCCUUUAAAUGUGAUGUCCUGAUGUCCUUUACCGUCUCACUGUCACGUCAGAGGAAGACAGGACACACGCUGAUCUCGCCGGAGGAUGUAAAGAUGUUCCUCCACACCGUCCUCCGUCAGCCAGCAAGAUAUUUUUUUCCGAUCUGGAUGAGAUUCCUGGUUUGGGUGGAGAACUCGAGGAACGUGUUGAGACUUCAGAAGAACGCCGAGCUCAAGCCAUCACUACCAAAGCUGUGGAGAUCGAGAAGUUGUACAAACAGGACUGUGAGACUUUGGGAACGGUGGUGAAGAUGCUGAUAGCCACAGGUCCGACUCUUGAACGGAAACUUCUGUCGGCGCUGAAAAAGAACCUGGUUGACAUCAGAGAACGAAGCCUGGAGAACUUCCGCCAGUUCAUCUCUGAGGACAUCCUUAAAACCGACCAGAGUGCCAAACGUAACCUCGAUCCAUAACUGGACCUUCAAGAAUUUAAUCUGACUACCUCAACUGGAAUAAACACACACUAAAUGAACAGUUUAGAGGUAAUUGUGAAUUUAUUUGUUUAGCCAAUUUUACCCAGUUUUUGCAUUGUUCAGCGCAAAUAAUAAAUGUUUUUAAAGCUUAUUUGUUAAGUAAUUUUGUACGAACAAGAACACAUUAGUGGCUCACCAGUUAUCCUAUAGUAUAACUGACUGUAAUAGUAUAUUAGUAUAUUAAUAGUAGUAUAUAUAUAUAUAUAUAUAUAUAGUUGAAAAACUGUAUGGGUAUA